AUGUCUGCCAAUCUUGACAAGUCUCUCGAUGACCUCGUCGGUAACCGUCGCCAGACUGCUCGCCGUCGCACCAACCGUCGUGCUGCUCCUGCCAAGCCCUCCGUUGGAGGUGUGAAGAAGUCUGCCAGAGGCCCCAAGCCGGGCGCAAAGGCUGUCCACCCUACUCCUGCUGCGCCAACUGCUUCUAGCAAGAUCAUCGUGAGCGGAUUGCCUGCCGAUGUGACUGAGGCCAAUAUCAAGGAAUACUUCACCAAGUCCGCAGGUCCUGUCAAGAAGGUGAUGCUCACCUACAACCAAAACGGUACUAGCCGAGGCAUUGCUUCGAUUAUCUUCGCCAAAGCCGACACCGCUGCCAAGGCCGCCAAGGAGCUCAAUGGACUGCUGGUCGAUGGUCGUGCCAUCAAGGUUCGCAAGCUUUUUUCUCUCUCGAUGUAUCAUAUUCGGUUUAUUGACAAUCCUGAACAGAUCGAACUUGUCUACGACGCCUCUUACGUUCCUGCCGUUCCCGUUUCUAAGCCUUUGAACGAGCGCAUUGCUCCUCAGAAGCCAAAGUCCAAGCCGAAGCCCGCCACCGCUAACAAGGCGGCUAACACCAACACUGCUGGCAAUGCCCGCGGUAACACCAGCCGCCGUGGCCGCAACACCGGCCGCAACGCCGGCCGUGGAAAGCCUAAGAGCGUCGAGGAGUUGGAUGCUGAAAUGGUUGACUACUUUGCUGGUGGUGAGAAUGCCCCUGCUGACAACAGUGCGCCCGUCAACGGUGCUGCUCCACAAGCCAACGGUGGUGAAGACCUCGGUAUGGCCGAGAUUUCGUAA